CGGCUCCGGAACCCAUUCAGACCCAGCGACUUCCGGCAGGCUAGGAGAAGGCGAACAAAGCUCGCGCCACGCACUUUCGCUAGGCCUACUUAUCUGCUCCUUUUCAUGGCAAUACUUUUCUCUAAUUACCAGCCAAUUAAUUUUUAUAUUCAACCAGAGUUAGGUUUAUUGAGGUGGAGGAAAUAUAUAUAUAUAUGCUAUAGAGAAAUAUCGUACUCCAAGCUUUGUUGAAAGUGCAACUGGGGGUCCAGAGGGGACGGUGCAUCAAACCGGAAGAGGUUGGACGGCGUCACUCGCUCUAUUUUGCGAACUGAGGCGAGCGUUGAGCGGGUUUUCUGGAGGCGUCUUCCUCAUACUCCCUGGGGCUGGACUGAGUGAGGGUGUAGGGGUUCCCACCCGAAUUGGAAGGCUCACUGGGGACGUGGAAAGCGUUGCUCAUUUCCUCUCCAUGGUAUUGUUCACCCUGCUCGCCUUUUCCUGAACUGUGAAGGGUUCAACUCUGGCGGGGCCGGCAACCAAGCGCCCAACUGAGUCUCUGAUAAUGACCAAUAUACGUUAACUCCCAUUUAGUGAACAUUGAGUAUGCUAAAAACGGUACACACUUGGUGUCUAUUUAAGCCUCACAUUUUUUGUGAAGUAGGCUUUAUCCGUCGCUUAGAGGUGUGUUACAAAUCCGGUCAAAGUUAUACAGACAGCUUAGUAAACGAACAAAAACAAAUAGUAGUGAUGAACUGCGGAAAGCUGUUCAUUUUUAGUUAGCAAAGAAGAUCUUAUCUUUUUAGAGACGCCAGAUUUAGCAAAUAAAAAUCCAGGACUGCCAAUUAAGUGAAUUAAAAAAAAUAAUGAUAAUGCUGCAUACUUACACCUAAAAAUUUCUUUUUCUGAAAUUCAAACUUAACUGAUCUAUUUCUCAUAAGUCCCUUGAAAGGAAAGGAUCUUGGUUUGUUUGUGUACCAGAAAGAAGUCCAGUCUAACUUGCAGUGAGCCCAGGGAAGAGUAGCAGGUUGGAAAGUCACCCACUACAUUGAGUGAGCAACAGUAUGAAGGUCUGCGUUUUCUACUUAUUUAUACAGAGAAAGCGAAACUUUACUUUAAUGGUGGUCUCACCCCCGAGAACAGUUACAAUCGGCAUUUAAAAAAAAUGUUUAGUUUUUUUUUUUUUUUUAAUUUGGAGCUAAGAAUUGUAACCAGUGCCUCAAGCCUCCUAUGCAAGGGCUCUACCACUGAGCCACAACCCCAGCCCUACAACCAGCAUUUUAUCCCCUAGAGUGCAAGUUUCUUCCUCUGAUUUCUCAUUGGCUGAGCACUAAUGGAGUGUGUGUUUUAAGAAAAAGAGAAGGCAUUGGAGUAGUUUUGCUUGCAGUUUUGGAAAAUAAUUUUAACUUUCAUUUUUCUCAAAGGAGGAAAGCUAAUUGUUGCUUAAUCACGAAGGGAAGUUUUGUGUAUCCUAAUUCUCAUUGGCUUCCAUAUAGUUUUGUUUCACAGUUUUCAUAGAGCCUUAAUAGCCCAAGAAUGGCUGUGCAUUUAGCCACAGAUCCUGGGUUCCAUCCUCAGCACCACCAAAAAAGAAGAGAAAAAGGAAAAAUAUUAAGCUGUGCGCUGUGGUGCACACCUGUAAUCCCAAUGGCUGGGGAGGCUGAGGCAGGAGGAUUGAGUGUUCAAAGCCAGCCUCAUCAAAAGCAAGGUGCUAAGCAACUCAGUGAGACCCUUUCUUCUAAAUAAAAUACAAAAUAAGGAUGGGGAUAUGGCUCAGUAGUCAAGUGCCCCUGAGUUCAAUCCCCAUUACCCACCUUCCAUGCCCCUACCCCCCCAAAAUCAAAUACACAUAUCUAGUAAGGCAUUGUAUAAUUAAAAACAACUUUUUGUUAAGUUUUUUCCUGAUUCUUUUAUUUUAAAAUUGAGGUAUAAUUCAUAAACAUAAAAAUCACUCUUUUCAAACGACAUAGUUCAGUGGCUUUUAGUACUCUCAUACAAAUUUGUGCAACCAUAAUGCUAGGCAAUUCCAGAAUCUUUAUCAUCCCCCAAAGAAAUACCACACCCACCAGCAGUCAGUCUCCAUUCCCACUUACCCCAGUUACUGGUAACUACCACUCUACUUUGUGUUUCCAUGGAUUUACCUAAUCUGAAUAUUUAAAUCAUACAUUAAGGGACCUUAAUAGGCUUCUCUUAAAAAUUUUUCUUUUCUUUCUUGCAAUUUGGAAUUGAAACAGGAACCCUUUAUCACUGAGCUACAUCCUCAGUCUUUUUUUUUUUUUUUUUUUUUAAUUUUGAGACAAGGUCUUGCUAAGUUGCUGAGCGUCUCACUAAAUUCCUGAGGCCUGCCUCAGCCUCCCAAGUGAUUGGGAUUACAGGUGUGCACUGGCUAUUGUGAUGGACCCCAACCCCCACACCCCACAGUGGAGAACCUAGGGGUAUAUUUUACCACUGAGCUACAUUGCUUCCCCUUUUUAUUUUUUAUUUUGAGACAGGGUCUCACUGUCCAAGAUAGUCUUAAACUUGUAAUUCCUCUGCCUCAGCCUUCUGAAUCGCUAGGAUUACAGGGGUGCACCAUCACACAAAGCUUCACUUAGAAUAUUUUCAAAUUUCAUCUGUAUUGUAAUAUGUAUUAGUGUCUUAUUCCCUUUUAGUGGCUGAAAAGUGUUCUAUUGCAUGGUUAUACCACAUUUUGUUGAUCCAUUCUCCCAUGGGAAGAUUUUAAUUAGGGGAGUAAACUUUCAUGAUACAUGUUUAAAAAGACAAUUCUGAUUUCAGAAUACAGAGUGGAUUAUUAGGGCAGGAAUAAACAGAGCAGCUGAACAAAUGAUAGGACAUUUACAGGAAUGGGAGAUAUUAGGAUUAGAGUAUAUUUGCAGAAGAAAAUCAAGAGAGUGUCUAGACCAUAUUAAAUUUUAGAUAUUUGUUAGGUUCCAGGAGGUUAUUUCUCAUAUCCAUAGGCAGUUGGAUAUGAAUCUGGAUGUGGAAAGGUCAGGCAUGAGAAGACCUGCUCUUAUUUGAGAGGUCUAGGGCAAGUAUCCAAAUGGAGGCCCACAUAGCAUUUUAAAUCAAGCUGUUAAAUAGAAUGUGUUUGAUUUUUCUAUUUUGAAAAUGUAUCUUCCUAAAGACCUGAAAGACCAGACUGGAUUUGAAUUGGGGAUUGUUGGUUUUCUUUUCAGGUUACUCUACCACUGAGCUGUAUCCCUAGCACUAUUUUUUCUUUUUCUUUGAGAUAGGGUUUCACUAAGUUGCUUAGGGCAUUGCCAAGUUGCUGAGGCUGACCUUAAAUAUGUGAUCCUCCUGUCUCAACAUCCCAAGUUGCUGGGGUUAUAGGCACAUGCCACUGUUCUAGUCUUUCUUUGUCUUCUUAAAGUUCUGAGCCAUAACAUACAUCUACAGGUAAGUUAGUCCUUGCUCAUGGUACCAGGACCAUGUUCAGUCCUUGGCUCUGUUGCCAAUCCAAAAAUGAGAACAAAGUUUUUAGAAAAAAGAAAUUUUAUUUAUUUGCUAGCAAAGGAGAAACACAGAGACUCCUGUCCCAGACUUAAGGCAAGAAAGAGAUAAGUCUCCAGUUUAUAGGACCCACAUGAGUGAUUCUGAAUUUUUUUAAUGUUUAUUUUUAGUUGUAGUUGGACACAAUACCUUUAUUUAUUUAUUUAUUUUGUAUGUGGUGCUGAGGAUAGAACCCAGGGCCUUGCAUGUGCUAGAUGAGUGCUCUACCACUGAGCCACAAUUCUGAAUUUUGAAAUGUCAUUUAUUUUUCUUAUCCCCAGUAUUUUCUUCAAGCAACUUUGCAGAAUUUAGUCAAUCUUAAAUUAGCUUAUUUAUGCAAAAUGAAAGUUCCAUUAGAAAAUACGAUUUUCCUUUAGGCAAGCUGAUCUAAUUUAAUCUUCUUUUAGUUUUAAUCAUUGUUUUGUUACAUACCAUAAAAAUAUCUCUGACUGCUAGAGAUGGUGAGCAUUUUUUCGUGUACUUGUUGAUUGACUGUAUGUCCUCCUCUGAGAAGUGUCUGUUCAGGUCCUUGGCCCAUUUGUUGAUUGGGUUGUUUGUUUUCUUAUUGUUUAAUUUUUUGAGUAGUUUGUAUACUGUGGAUAUUAGGGCUCUAUCUGAAGUGUGAGGAGUAAAAAUUUAGACAGGGUCUCACAAAGUUGGCCAGGCUGGUUUUGAGCUAGAGGGUUCCAGUGAUUCUCCAGCACCCUCCUGAGUAGCUGAGUCUACGUACAACAGCAUGCCCAGCUAGUGAAGUGUUUUUUUAAAACAAAGGUGCCAAGGUCACUCAGCUAGGGAUGCAAAAAUGCACAUGGAUCUAUAUGCAGAAUUAACCCUAUGCAAAAAUUACACCAUUUAUUGUCACCGCAUACACCAAUUAACUCUAACUGGAUCAUAGACCCAAGUAAACAAAAUUAGAAGAAAACAGGAGAAAAUCUUCAUGAUUUUCUGUCUUUAUAGAUGAUUUCACUGUCACAAUCUAUAAAAUAAAUAUAUACACUGGGUUUUAUCAAAGUUAAAAACUUGCUUUUCAAAAGAUACCAUCAAGAAAAGGAUUAGACAUUGAGUUGUAGUGGCACAUACCAUUGAUCCCAGCAACUUGGGAGGCCAAGGCAGGAGGAUUACAAGUUCGAGGCCAGACUGGGCAAUUUAGCAAGACCCUGUCUCAAAAUUUUAAAAAGGAUUGUAUGUAGUUCAGUGCUAGAGUGCCCUGAGUUCAAUCCCCAGCACCCCAGUAUUGGAAGGGGAAAAAAAGGGGAUUAGACAGGGUUGAGUAAAGCUCAGUGAUGGAGUACUUUGCUAAGUAUGCACAAGACUUUGGGUUCAAUCCCUAGUACUGGAAAAAAAUCUGAUAAGACAGUCAGGAGGAUAUAUUUAUAAAUUAUCUGAUAAAACCCUUAUAGACAGAAUGAAUAUAAUUUUAUUUUUAUUCUCUAGCUGGGCACCUGUGAUACCAGCAGCUCUGGAGGCUAAGGCAAGAGGAUCUUGAGUUCAAAGCCAGCCUCAGCAAAAGUGAGGUGCUAAGCAACUCAGUGAGACUCUGUCUCUAAAUAAAAUACAAAAUAGGGCUGGGUUGUGGCUCAGGGGUUGAGUGCCCCUGAGUUGAAUCCCUGUUAAACCCCCCAUCCAGCCCCCCAAAAAGGAAUUCUACUGAUUGAGACAAACUCAUUAAAGAUAAUCUUUCUAGGCUAAUAUCAAUUGAUGGGGGAUUUGAAUUAUAUCUGCAAAUUUUCUUUAUUGCAGCACCAAAUUAGUGUUUGAUUGAAUAACUGGGAGAAAGCAUAUCAUACAAAAGAUUGCUGUCUUCUCUACAGUUAGUAUAGUUAAGCCUAAUCAAAUUAGCACUCAAAAGACCAUCACAAACUUAUAAAAGUAUUUUGUUUUCUACAGAAAGAUAGUUUGCUUUUACAAACUACCAGGACAAGCUGGGCAUGGUGGCACACAUCUGUGAUCCUGCAGGAGAUUGAGGCAAGAGGAUCACAAGUUUGAGGCCAGCCUGAGCAACUUAUCGAGGCCCUAAGUAAUUUAGUGAAAUCCUGUCUUAAAAUAAAAAUAUAAAAAGGGCUGGGGAUAUUGCUCAGUGCCAAAGCACUCCUGGGUUCACACCCUGGUAACCAAACAAAAAACCCACAAACAAAAAAAAAAAAACUAUCAGGACAUUCUAUUUUGUCAUUCACUGACUUAAAUGACAUUUUGGAGCACUUACUGUGUGUCAGACAUAAUAGUGUAAGGCUGUGUAGGGACGGCCCAAGAUGGCUAUAGUUAGGCUUCUUCACUAAGGCUUCUGGCAGGCUGUUUUUAGAUAUAGCUAAAGUCAUAGUCUGAUUCAGCAUAUGUACUCAAGGUCAUAAACAGUGCUUGUGAGCAUACAUUCACUUAUGUAACUCAUUGGCAAUGUGCCUUCUUUGUCUGGUCUGCAUAUAAAAAAGGCCUAUGAAAGGACUCAAGGGUGCUGAAAUCAGGCUGGGGCUACUGUUGCUUCCAAAUACAGCAUGACUACUCUACCAAUGGCAUCUUACUUCAUUUGCUGGGAUCCUGAAUCUCUUUCCCAGGGUCUGAGCCUCAGCAGGAUAGGCUAUACCCUCAUUUAAUUUUUUUUUUUUUAAACCUGGUGACUGGCACAGAGAAAGUACUCAAAGGUUUGUCAAAUGACUAUGCCAGUCACACAACCCUGAUUUUGUUUAGGUAUAGACUAAUCAUGUAUGCUGUUCUUUUUAAAAUUUUUUUAAAAAAUUUUUUAGUUGUAGUUGGACACGAUAUCUUUUUAAAAUUUAUUCAUUUAUUUUUUAAUGUGGUGCUGAGGAUCGAACGCAUCCAAGGCCUCUUAUGUUCUAGGCAAGCGCUCUACCGCUGAGCCAUAACCCCAGCCCCAUGUAUGCUAUUCUUUAGAGGGAGUAUAUACUGUGCAGCUUCCAAUUGCAACAUUUCACAUUUGCUUUCCAGACAUACAAAGUUCACACCUUACCUAUUUGAUUUUGGCAAGAUUUCCUGAAAUUACUGUAAACUAACAGCAAAUAUAAAAACAAGAUAAAUUAUAUUGCUGAUUAGUUGUAAUAUUUACAAGUCACUAUGGGUACACUUGAUUUUCUUUCUUUUCUUUUUUGACUUGGGAUUGAACUCAGGGGCAUUUUACCACUGAGUAAAGCGCCACUCCCUCCCCGCCCUUUUUAAAUUUUUUUGAGGCAGGAUCUCGCUAAAUUGUUAAGGCUGGCUUCAAAUUUGUGACCUGUCUGCCUCAGCCUCCCCAAUCUCUGGGAUUAUAGGCAUGCACCACAGCUCCCCGAACUAUGCGGACACUUGAAGACUUGAUUCUCCUCUGAGAGGGACAAGAUGUCAGAUCCAAACAAAGCUGCCAUUGAAGCAGAAAAGGAGGCUUUGAACUUGAAAUUACCCCCUAUUGUCCAUCCCCCAGAAGACAUAGGGGUUGAUACACCACAACAAAGUAAGCUGCUAAACUACAAAAGAUCCAAGGAGCAGCAGAAGACCAUCAAUCAGUUAGUAAUUGAUGGAGCCAAAAAAAAUCUAGACAGAACAUUGGAUAAACGAAUACCACCAUUACCAGAAGUUGAUUAUCCUCCAACUAUGACCAGUGAAAUUAAAAGAAAAGGAUUCAACUACAUGUUUAUGAAGCACUGUGUAAAAAGUAGUCCUAUAGUACCUAUUCAGCAGGAAUGGCUGGAUAACAUGUUAAUGCUGAUACCUGAGUCUUUAAAGGAAGGGAAAAAAAGAGAAGAACUGCUUGAAAGUCUCAUAGAUGAGGUGUCAAGUGACUUUGAAAAAAGCAUGAAGAGAUAUUUAGUACAGAGUGUUCUUGUGAAACCACCAGUUAAAUGGCUUGAAGAUGAAGGAGGCCCUUUACCUGAAUCCCCUCUAGGACUAGAUUAUUCCAAUCCUUGGCAUUACAACUAUGUGCAGGCAAGAAAUCAAAUAGCAUCUGAUUUGCACAUUGUUCAUCCAACUAUGAAAAUAUUACUGGACCUUGGUUAUACAACAUUUGCUAAUAUAGUUUUGCUGGAUGUAACAGGAAUUAGAGCUAAAGGCCCAAUUGAUUGUGAAUCACUAAAAACUGAUCUGUCCAUUCAAGCUAAAAAGGCAGAAGAGAAGAUAAUGAACACAUGGUAUCCACAGGUUAUAAGUCUCUUUACCAAAAAGGAGUCACUAGAAGGCAUUAAGCCUGAAAAAUUGGAUGCAUUUUAUAGUUGUGUUUCCACACUUAUGACAAAUCAGCUAAAGGAUCUCUUAGUAAGGACUGUAAAAGCAUUUGUAGAACUGUUUGACUCAGAAAAUCAACAAAGAUUGCCAAUAUUUAAGAUGGAAUUGACAUUUGAUGAGGAUAAAAUGGAGUUUUAUCCUACCUUUCAAGAUUUGGAAGAUGUUGUUCUGAGUGUGGUAGAACGAAUAGCUGAAACUCUGCAGAAUAUCCAAACAGUACCCUCUUGGCUAUCAGGAACUUCAACACCUGUAAAUCUUGACACAGAACUUCCUGAACAUGUGUUACAGUGGGCUCUUAAUACGCUGAAGGUGGCAAUACAUCAGAACUUACAAGGUGCAAGGAAACAUCAUGAGACAUAUGUUGAAAAAUAUAAUUGGCUCCUUGAUGGUAUUGCAGUUAAGGUGAUACAGAAUUUUCAGGCAGAAGAUCAUACUUUUGAUGAAUACACAGAGUUUAUAGAAUCAUUUUUCAGUCUUGCCUCAGAAAUAAUGCUAUUGCCUCAGUGGAUGCAUUACCCUAUGGUGCGUUUGGAUUGUGAAGAUUUGAAGACAGGCUUGACAAAUAAAGCAAAAGCCUUUGCAAAUAUAUUAUUAAAUGACAUAGCCUCAAAACACAGAAAAGAAAAUGAAUGUAUUUGCAGUGAGUUUGAAGCAAUUAAAGAUCAUGCAUUAAAAGUCCCUGAAACAACAGAAGAGAUGAUGGAUCUGAUAUCUUAUGUAGAAAAAGCCCGGACUAUAGGAAUUCAAGAGUUGGCCUUAAGAAUCCAGGAAUCUAGACGCCAAAUGAGUUACUUUUUAGAUAAUUUUCUGUUUCCUCAAGAAGACUUAGCUUUAAAUGCAGCUGUCCUCAUGUGGCCUAGAAAAAUCAGUCCUGUCUUUAAUGAAAAUGAUGAGCUCAUUGAGAAUGCUAAACAUAAAAGAGAAAGUGAACUAAUAGCCAAGAGAGAGAGACUGAUCUUGGAAGUAGAAAAGGAAUCACGCCGCAUGGAGGAGUUUACAGAAUUUGCGGAGUUAGAACGCAUGCAACAGUAUGUGACAGAUGUAAGACAACUACAGAAACGCAUUCAGGAAUCUGAAGAAGCAGUGCAGUUUAUUAAUAAAGAAGAGGAACUUUUCAAGUGGGAAUUGACAAAAUAUCCUGAACUGGAUAAAUUAAAAGUUAACAUUGAGCCCUAUCAGAAGUUUUUUAAUUUGGUUUUGAAAUGGCAACGAACUGAAAAACGCUGGAUGGAUGGAGGGUUUUUGGACCUCAAUGGAGAAAGCAUGGAAGCUGAUGUAGAAGAAUUUUCCCGGGAGAUUUUUAAGACAUUGAAAUUUUUCCAAAUGAAGCAAAAGAAAGAAUUACAAGAAAAAAGAAAGGCAGCAAGGAAACGAUCUCUGAUAGAAGAGAAACCUGAAGAAGAACCAAAAGAUAAUCCUACAAUCAUCAUGUGCUCUACAGUAAUGGAGCAGAUAAAGGUUUUUAAGGAGUAUAUUCCUACUGUCUCCAUUCUAUGCAAUCCAGGAAUGAGAGCUCGUCACUGGAAACAGAUGUCAGAAAUUGUUGGCUAUGACUUGACUCCAGACUCUGGAACCACAUUGAGAAAAAUUUUGAAAUUAAACCUUACACCAUACUUGGAAAAAUUUGAAGUGAUAAGUGCAGGAGCAAGCAAGGAAUUUUCCUUAGAGAAAGCCAUGAAUAACAUGAUAGGAACUUGGGAUGAUAUUGCUUUUCAUAUAAGUCUGUAUCGAGAUACUGGAGUCUGUAUUCUUUCUUCAGUGGAUGAGAUUCAGGCAAUCCUUGAUGAUCAGAUUAUAAAAACUCAGACAAUGAGAGGCUCACCUUUUAUCAAACCAUUUGAAAAAGAGAUCAAGGCUUGGGAGGACCGUCUGAUCCGAAUACAAGAAACAAUUGAUGAAUGGUUAAAAGUACAAGCUCAAUGGCUGUAUCUGGAGCCUAUCUUUUGUUCUGAGGAUAUCAUGCAACAGAUGCCAGAAGAAGGACGUCAGUUUCAGACAGUAGACAGACAUUGGAGGGAUAUUAUGAAAUUUUGUGCAAAAGAUCCAAAGGUUCUUGCUGCUACUUCUUUAACAGGUUUAUUGGAAAAACUACAAAACUGCAAUGAACUUUUGGAUAAAAUUAUGAAAGGACUUAAUGCAUAUCUUGAAAAGAAACGUCUUUUCUUCCCUCGUUUUUUUUUCUUAUCUAAUGAUGAAAUGUUGGAGAUUUUGUCAGAAACCAAAGAUCCACUUAGAGUUCAGCCUCACUUAAAAAAAUGCUUUGAGGGCAUUGCUAAAUUGGAGUUCCUUCCCAAUUUGGACAUUAAGGCCAUGUAUAGCUCUGAAGGUGAGCGAGUGGAGCUUAUUGAACUCAUUUCCACAUCUAUAGCCCGCGGUGCUGUAGAAAAGUGGCUCAUUCAAGUAGAAGAUCUAAUGCUUCGAAGUAUUCAUGAUGUGAUUGCUGCAGCCAGGCUGGCUUAUCCAGAAUCUCCAAGAAGAGACUGGGUUAGAGAGUGGCCUGGCCAGGUUGUACUUUGUGUUUCUCAAAUGUUCUGGACUUCUGAGACACAGGAAGUUAUAAGUAGUGGGACAGAGGGAUUAAAGAAGUACUAUACAGAACUCCAGAAUCAACUAAAUGAUAUUGUAGAGCUGGUAAGAGGAAAAUUGUCUAAGCAGAUCAGGAUCACUCUGGGGGCAUUAGUUACAAUUGAUGUCCAUGCUAGAGAUGUGGUCAUGGACAUGAUUGAAACAGGUGUCUCACAUGAUACAGAUUUCCAGUGGCUUGCUCAGCUUCGUUAUUAUUGGGAAUAUGAGAAUGCUCGAGUUCGUAUCAUUAAUUGUGACGUAAAAUAUGCUUAUGAAUAUCUUGGUAACUCACCUCGACUUGUCAUUACUCCUCUAACUGACAGGUGUUACAGAACAUUGAUAGGUGCCUUCUAUUUAAACCUUGGAGGUGCUCCAGAGGGACCAGCAGGCACAGGAAAAACUGAAACUACCAAGGACUUGGCUAAAGCUCUUGCUGUACAGUGUGUGGUAUUCAACUGUUCAGAUGGGCUAGAUUAUCUAGCAAUGGGAAAGUUCUUUAAAGGAUUGGCUUCUUCUGGUGCUUGGGCUUGCUUUGAUGAAUUUAAUCGAAUUGAGUUGGAGGUGUUGUCAGUGGUGGCUCAACAGAUCCUUUGCAUUCAGAGAGCCAUUCAACAGAAGUUGGAAGUGUUUGUUUUUGAAGGGACAGAACUUAAGCUCAAUCCAAACUGUUUUGUAGCUAUUACCAUGAAUCCUGGCUAUGCAGGGCGUUCUGAAUUGCCAGACAACCUUAAGGUUCUUUUUAGAACAGUGGCUAUGAUGGUUCCAAACUAUGCCCUUAUAGCAGAAAUUUCCCUCUACUCCUAUGGAUUUUUGAAUGCAAAACCUCUGUCUGUGAAGAUAGUAAUGACUUACAGACUUUGCUCAGAGCAGCUCUCAUCGCAAUUUCAUUAUGACUAUGGAAUGCGAGCAGUAAAAGCAGUUUUAGUGGCUGCUGGAAACCUAAAACUAAAAUAUCCAAAUGAAAAUGAAGAUAUAUUGCUUCUUCGAUCAAUUAAAGAUGUGAAUGAACCAAAGUUUAUGUCACAUGACAUACCUUUAUUUAAUGGCAUAACUAGUGACUUAUUUCCUGGUGUUAAACUUCCUGAAGCUGACUAUAAUGAAUUUUUGGAAUGUACUCAUGAAACUUGCCACGCACAUAAUCUUCAGCCUGUUAAAUUUUUUCUUGAGAAAAUAAUUCAGACAUAUGAAAUGAUGAUUGUUAGACAUGGUUUUAUGUUAGUAGGAAAGCCUUUUGCUGGUAAGACAAAAGUACUACAUGUGCUGGCUGAUACUUUAUCUCUUAUGAAUGAACGCGGCUAUGGAGAAGAAGAAAAGGUCAUUUAUAGAACUGUGAACCCCAAAUCAAUUACCAUGGGCCAACUUUUUGGACAAUUUGACCCAGUGUCUCAUGAGUGGACUGAUGGUAUUGUGGCAAAUACUUUUAGAGAAUUUGCCUUAUCAGAAACCCCUGACCGGAAAUGGGUUGUAUUUGACGGUCCUAUUGACACUUUGUGGAUAGAGAGUAUGAACACUGUAUUGGAUGAUAAUAAAAAGCUUUGUCUUAUGAGUGGAGAAAUCAUUCAGAUGUCUCCUCAAAUGAGCCUGAUCUUUGAAACAAUGGACCUUUCCCAGGCUUCGCCUGCCACUGUAAGCCGAUGUGGCAUGAUUUAUUUGGAACCCUCACAGUUAGGAUGGGAACCACUUGUGUCUUCUUGGUUGCAUUCCCUGAAAGGACCUCUACUUGAACCAGAACAUCAAACUCUUCUGAAAGAACUUUUUGACUGGUUAAUAACACCUUCUUUGAGGUUUCGUAAGAAAAAUUGCAAGGAACUGAUUCAUACCAGUAAUAGCAAUGUGGUUGUCUCUCUCACACGGCUCAUUGAAGUACUACUCUGUAAUGUGGUAGAAAACGAUCCUACUAGCAAGCACAUUCGUGUUUGGAUUAUGGCUUGCUUUAUAUUCUCUUUAAUAUGGUCCAUUGGAGGAGGUUGUGAUACAGAUAGUCGUCUUAAUUUUGAUUCUUUCAUAAGAUCACUUAUAAUGGGCAAAAAUGAAAAAUACCCAGUGCCAGAUGGUGUGGGUAAAUGGGAAUGCCAAUUUGAAGAAAAAGGCCUGGUCUAUGACUACAUGUAUGAGUUGAAAAACCGAGGUCGAUGGCUCCAUUGGAAUGAAUUAAUUAAAAGUACUGAUUUAGAAGAUAAGCGCAUCAAGAUUCAAGAUAUCAUAGUCCCUACGAUGGACACAAUUAGAUAUACAUUUCUAAUGGAUUUGAGUAUUACCUAUGCAAAGCCACUGCUUUUUGUGGGUCCAACAGGCACUGGAAAAUCAGUGUAUGUGAAAGACAAACUAAUGAAUCACUUGGAAAAGGACCAGUACUUCCCUUUUUAUGUUAAUUUCUCAGCACGGACCAGUGCCAAUCAAGUGCAGAAUAUCAUUAUGACUAGAUUGGAUAAGAGACGCAAAGGAGUUUUUGGACCACCUAUGGGAAAGAAAUGUAUAAUUUUCAUAGAUGAUAUGAAUAUGCCUGCAUUGGAGAAAUAUGGAGCUCAACCUCCUAUUGAAUUAUUACGACAGUUUUUUGACUGUGGAAAUUGGUAUGAUCUUAAGGACACAAGUAAAAUCACACUGGUUGAUAUAGAGCUGAUUGCUGCCAUGGGUCCUCCAGGUGGUGGAAGAAAUCCAGUCACUCCCCGUUUUCUUCGACAUUUCAACAUCUGCAGUAUUAAUUCUUUUAGUGAUGAAACUAUGGUUCGAAUCUUCUCAACAAUUGUGGCAUUCUACCUCAGGACUCGUGAAUUUCCUACAGAGUAUUUUAUAACUGGGAACCAAAUAGUCAGUGGGACUAUGGAGAUAUAUAAACGAUCCAUGGAAAAUCUUUUGCCCACUCCUGCAAAAUCUCAUUAUACUUUCAACUUGCGUGAUUUUUCACGCGUCAUCCGGGGCUGUUUACUCAUUCAAAGAGAUGCUGUAGAGAGCAAGCACACUAUGAUCCGCCUGUUUGUGCAUGAGGUUCUCCGAGUGUUUUAUGAUCGCCUCAUUAAUGAUGAUGAUAGAAACUGGUUGUUCAAAUUAAUCAAAAUUGUUAUAAAGGACAAUUUUAAAGAAUCAUUUGAUGGUGUUUUUUUACAUUUGAGGAAAGAGAAUGCACCAGUGACUGAAGAAGACUUAAGAAAUCUCAUGUUUGGUGAUUAUAUGAAUCCCGACCUUGAAGGAGAUGAUAGAGUUUAUAUUGAAAUUCCAAAUAUUCGCCAUUUUAGUGACAUUGUAGACCAAUGCUUAGAUGAGUAUAAUCAAACUCACAAAACGAGAAUGAAUCUUGUUGUGUUUAGAUAUGUUUUGGAACAUUUGUCAAGAAUAUGUCGAAAUCUAAAGCAGUCUGGUGGAAAUGCUUUGCUUGUUGGGCUUGGAGGAAGUGGUCGUCAGUCUUUAACUCGUCUGGCUACAUCCAUGGCAAAAAUGCAGAUUUUCCAACCAGAAAUUUCUAAGAGCUAUAGUAUGAAUGAGUGGAGAGAUGAUUUAAAGGGUCUGUUGAAAAAUGUGGGCAUGAGAGGCCAGAAGACAGUCUUUCUAAUUACAGACACUCAGAUUAAAGAGGAAGCUUUUCUAGAAGAUAUUGACAGCAUGCUCAAUACUGGAGAAAUACCUAACAUCUUUGCUGCAGAUGAAAAACAAGAAGUAAUGGAGGGUGUUCGUCCAGUAGCUCAGGCUGGCAGUAAACAUGAAGAACUCAGUCCUUUAGCACUGUUUGCUUUCUUUGUGAAUCGCUGCAAAGAUAAUCUUCAUAUUGUAGUGGCCUUUAGCCCUAUUGGAGAUGCUUUUCGAAAUCGCUUGAGACAGUUCCCAUCCCUCAUCAAUUGCUGUACCAUUGACUGGUUUCAGCCAUGGCCUGAAGAUGCUCUCGAACUUGUAGCUGUGAAAUUCUUAGAAACACUGGAGCUUACUGAAGUCGAACGAAGAGAGAUAGUUCCAGUCUGUAAACACUUUCACACCUCCAUUAUGGACCUUUCGGAGAGGUUCUUGCAUGAGUUAGGAAGACAUAACUAUGUUACUGCUACUUCUUAUCUUGAACUUAUUGGUUCAUUUCGACAGCUUUUGACUAAGAAGCGACAAGCUGUCAUGGAAGCAAAACAACGAUAUGUAAAUGGUCUUGACAAAUUAGCUUUUGCUGAGUCUCAGGUUGGUGAAAUGCAAAUAGAGCUUGUUCAGUUACAGCCCAAGUUGGAGGAAGCUAAAAUUGAAAAUGCACGUAUGAUGCAGAUAAUUGAAAUAGAAUCUGCAGAAGUGGAAGCAAAAAAAAAGUUUGUGAAAUUAGAUGAAGAGAUAGCCAGUGGAAAGGCUGAAGAAGCCCAAGCUCUAAAAAAUGAGUGUGAAAGUGAUCUAGCUGAGGCAAUUCCAGCCUUGGAAGCAGCUCUGUCUGCACUGGAUACACUUAAACCAUCUGAUGUUACAAUUGUGAAAUCAAUGAAGAGUCCUCCAUCUGGUGUUAAACUAGUUAUGGCUGCUAUUUGUGUCAUGAAAGAUAUAAAACCAGAAAAAAUUUCAGACCCUUCAGGAACUGGAGGGAAGAUAUUUGAUUACUGGGGACCUAGCAAAAAACUUCUGGGAGAUAUGAAUUUCUUAAGAGAUUUGAGAGAAUAUGACAAGGACAACAUCCCAGUGACUGUUAUGCCGAAGAUCCGUGGUGAAUAUUUGACAAACCCCGAAUUUGACCCUGCUAAGAUUGCUAAAGCUUCUUCUGCAGCAGAGGGUCUGUGUAAGUGGAUCAUGGCUAUGGAAGUGUAUGACAGAGUUGCAAAGGUCGUGGCGCCUAAAAAAGCUCGCUUAGCAGAAGCUCAGAAAUCCUUAGCUGAGACAAUGGGACUUUUGAAUCAGAAGAGAGCAGAACUGGCAGAAGUAGAACACCAUUUGGAAAAUUUACAAAAGACAUUUAAAGAGAAAACUGAGGAAAAGGCUGCUUUAGAAGAUCAGGUGGAACUCUGUGCUAAGAAACUUGAAAGAGCCUCAAAACUAAUUGGGGGACUGGGUGGAGAAAAAACAAGAUGGGCGCAAGCUGCAGAUGACCUUCAGAUAACAUAUGAAAAUUUAACUGGUGAUGUCUUAGUAUCAGCAGGAGUAAUAGCUUACCUUGGUGCUUUCACUUCUGGCUUUCGACAAACUUGUACAGAAGAUUGGAGCAUGUUGUGCAAGGACAAAAAAAUCCCAUGCUCAGAAGAAUUCUCACUAAGUAAGACCCUCGGUGAUCCAGUAAAAAUUAGAGCUUGGAAUAUUGCUGGACUACCAACAGAUACAUUCUCGAUAGAUAACGGAGUGAUUGUUAAUAACUCUAGGCGUUGGCCUUUAAUGAUUGACCCACAGGGUCAAGCCAAUAAGUGGAUCAAAAACUCUGAGAAAGAAAAUCAGCUCAGUGUUAUUAAGCUAUCAGAUUCAGACUAUAUAAGGACAUUGGAAAACUGUAUACAGUUUGGAACUCCACUUCUGUUAGAAAAUGUUGGUGAAGAACUGGAUCCAUCUUUGGAGCCUUUACUACUUAGACAAACUUUUAAACAAGGUGGCCUUGAUUGCAUCCGACUUGGUGAAGUCAUUAUUGAGUAUUCCUUUGACUUCAAAUUUUAUAUCACUACAAAACUGAGAAAUCCACACUACAUGCCAGAGCUGGCUACAAAAGUGUCUUUGCUCAAUUUCAUGAUAACUCCAGAAGGACUUGAAGAUCAAUUACUAGGCAUUGUUGUUGCAAAGGAGAGACCAGAAUUAGAAGAGGAACGAAAUGCUCUUAUUCUUCAGUCUGCAGCUAAUAAGAAGCAACUAAAUGAUAUAGAGACAAAAAUUUUAGAAACAUUAUCAUCUUCAGAAGGGAACAUUUUAGAAGAUGAAAGUGCAAUUAAAGUCUUAGACUCUGCCAAAAUGAUGUCCAAUGAGAUAACAAAGAAACAGCAGAUUGCAGAAAAAACAGAACUGAAAAUAGCAGAGUCUCGAGAAGGCUACAGACCCAUAGCUAAACAUUCAUCAGUGUUAUUCUUUAGCAUUGCAGACCUGGCUAACAUUGAUCCCAUGUACCAGUACUCUCUCAUCUGGUUUGUGAAUCUUUACAUCAACUCCAUUCAUGACAGGGCAAAGAAAGAAAUUGAAUACCAGGAACUGAUGUUUCUUUUAACUGGAGGAGUAAGUCUUAAGGCUGCUGAGAAAAAUCCUGAUCCAACUUGGCUGCAGGAUAAAAGUUGGGAAGAAAUUUGUCGAGCAAGUGAAUUUCCUGCCUUCAAAAAAUUGAAGACCCAUUUUUGUGAACAUUUACUGGAAUGGCGGAAAAUCUAUGACAGUAAAGAGCCACAUAAUGCAAAAUUUCCAGCACCAUUGGAUAAGAAUCUAAAUGAACUACAGAAAAUAAUAAUUCUUCGGUGCUUAAGGCCAGAUAAGAUAACACCAGCUAUAACAAAUUAUGUAACUGACAAACUCGGAAAAAAGUUUGUAGAACCUCCACCAUUUGAUUUGACAAAGAGUUAUUUGGAUUCAAACUGCACCAUUCCCUUAAUUUUUGUGCUGUCUCCAGGGGCAGAUCCCAUGGCCAGCUUACUGAAAUUUGCAAAUGAUAAGUCUAUGUCUGGAAAUAAAUUUCAAGCCAUUUCACUGGGUCAGGGACAAGGACCAAUUGCAACAAAAAUGAUUAGAGCAGCAGUAGAAGAAGGAACUUGGGUUUGCCUACAGAAUUGUCACCUUGCUGUCUCCUGGAUGCCCAUGUUGGAAAAAAUAUGUGAAGAUUUUAGCACUGAAACCUGUAACUCAUCCUUUAGGCUUUGGCUCACAAGUUACCCAUCUCCAAAAUUCCCAGUAACAAUUCUACAGAAUGGAGUAAAAAUGACUAAUGAACCUCCCACGGGUCUUCGGCUAAAUCUCCUUCAGUCAUAUCUCACGGAUCCAAUUUCUGAUGUUCAGUUUUUCAAGGGAUGCCAGGGAAAAGAACUGGCAUGGGAGAAGUUGCUAUUUGGAGUUUGUUUUUUUCAUGCCCUUGUGCAAGAGAGAAAGAAAUUUGGUCCUCUUGGUUGGAAUAUUCCAUAUGGAUUUAAUGAAUCAGAUUUACGCAUCAGUAUCCGGCAACUACAGUUAUUUAUAAAUGAAUAUGAUACAAUUCCAUUUGAAGCUAUUUCUUAUCUGGCUGGAGAAUGUAAUUAUGGAGGAAGAGUUACAGAUGAUUGGGACAGGCGCCUCCUAUUAACCAUACUGGCUGACUUUUAUAAUCCACACAUAAUUGAAAUGCCUCAUUAUAAGUUUUCUCCCAGUGGGCAUUAUUUUGCACCUCCCAAAGGUACUUAUGAGGACUACAUUGAAUUCAUCAAGAAACUUCCAUUUACUCAAGAUCCUGAAAUAUUCGGAUUACAUGAAAAUGUUGAUAUCUCCAAAGAUCUUCAGCAAACAAAAAUCCUUUUUGAGUCCUUGCUCCUCACUCAGGGAGGCUCAAAACAGACAGGAUCCUCAGGAAGUACUGACCAGAUUCUAUUAGAAAUUACGGAAGAUAUACUCAACAAGCUUCCAUUUGAUUUUGAUAUUGAAACAGCACUAAUGAAGUAUCCUGUGAGAUAUGAAGAGAGCAUGAAUACUGUGUUAGUACAAGAAAUGGAACGAUUUAACAAUUUAAUUACAACUAUACAUAACACUCUAUGGGACCUUAAAAAAGCUAUUAAGGGUGUGGUUGUAAUGGAUUCUGCGCUGGAGGCACUUUCUGGCAGCUUACUGGUCGGAAAAGUUCCUGAACUAUGGGCCCAACGAUCAUACCCAAGUCUUAAGCCCCUAGGAAGUUACAUCACAGAUUUUCUAGCCCGACUGAAGUUUUUACAGGACUGGUAUACUUCAGGAAAACCUCAUGUGUUUUGGCUCUCAGGUUUCUUUUUCACCCAAGCCUUUUUAACUGGAGCUAUGCAGAAUUACGCCAGAAAAUACACCAUCCCUAUUGAUUUACUAGGAUAUGAAUUUGAGGUUAUUCCUUCUGAUGUAUCUGACACAUCACCAGAAGAUGGUGUUUAUAUCCAUGGCUUGUAUCUUGAUGGGGCACGCUGGGACAGAGAAAGUGGCUUGCUUGCUGAACAAUAUCCCAAACUUCUGUUUGACCUGAUGCCCAUCAUAUGGAUAAAACCAAUUGAAAAGACUAAGAUUGCGAAGUCAAAUGCCUAUGUCUGUCCUCUCUACAAGACAAGUGAACGUAAAGGAACUCUUUCUACUACAGGACAUUCCACUAACUUUGUCAUUGCAAUGUUGUUAAAAACAGACCAACCCACUCAACACUGGAUCAAACGUGGUGUUGCUCUGCUUUGUCAGCUGGAUGACUAAAUUGUACAAUUUUAGAGAACAUCUGAAAUAAAAUAAAAUUGUU